AUGGGAUCCGGCUUCGGGUGUUGCCCAUCUCACGGCGCCGAUCAGAUUCACGCCAAAUACCUCGAACUCCACCAGCGCAUGAAGGCCUUCCGCAAAGCUUUCUGGGAGGAACACAAGAAGCCAACCUCUCCCCUCAAAGGUCCCAUUAGUGAUGCCCGGCGCGCCAUCCGCACUCGACUUGGCCAGAUUACAGUAGAGCGCAAGGACAGUGUCGCCGCCAUCAAGCGCCUCCGAACCGAAUGCUUCGACAUCGCCCUCACAACACCCGGACCCAUAGUCGACUUCCGAAAAUACAUUGUCUCCCACUAG